CUUGAAACCAGCAUCCCUUGACUUGUAACCGAUCAAUCGUCUUCUUUGAUCACCCAAUGGCAUCAAGCUCCUUGCAUUCAAGCUCCAGCUGGACCCCCCAAGAAAACAAACUGUUUGAGCGCGCUCUCGCUGUAUAUGACAGAGACACCCCUGACCGGUGGCAGAAAGUUGCAAGAGCGGUUGGUGGGAAAACCGCCGAAGAAGUGAAGCGGCACUAUCAAGUGCUCAUUGAAGACCUUAGGCGCAUUGAGUCGGGCAAUGUUCCUUUUCCUAACUACAGAUGUUAGUCUAAGAUCAAAUGGUAAACCAUUCAAUAAUAAUGUGAUUCACUUUCACAUGCAUAUUUUAUAUUUAUCAUCUACCUAGUGGUAA